AUGGCGCUGUCCCAGCCCGGGCCGCGGGAGCCCGAGGAGCCGUCACCGCACACCCGGCAGCGGCUGCAGGGCCUGGCGGUGCCGGGGGUCCCGCGGCGGGUCCCUGCUGACUCCCGUUCUGCCCCGCAGGAGCGUCCCCCGUUGGACCCCGCUGACCGCCGUUCUGCCUCUCAGGAGUUGCCGCCGUCAGGCCCCGCCGUGCCCCGUGCUCCUCCUUCCCCGCAGGAGUGCCCCGCCGAGCCCCGUUCUGCCCCGCAGGAUUUUCCCCGGUCAGAGCCCGCCGAGCCCCGUUCUGCCCCGCAGGAUUUUCCCCUGUCAGAGCCCGCCGAGCCCCGUUCUCCCCCGCAGGAUUUUCCCCAGUCAGAGCCCGCCGAGCGCCGGCCGAGCGCGGUCCCGGGGCCGGCCCGGCAGCUGCGGGUGCUGCUGACGCCGCUGCCCGUGGCGGCCUGGCCGCGGGCCCAGAAGCGGCUGCUGAGCCCCCGCUCCCCGGCCGGCAAGAGGCUGUGCCUGGAGCCCGACAGCGGCUCCAGAGAUACCCCCGGCUCCGCGGCCGGCCCCAGCUCGGCUGCCCACGACCAGGACGGACCGUGGGAUGCGGACAGCGACGGCAGCGAUGGGGGAGACGCGGUUCCGGAUGGAUCCUCCCACCUAUCAGCCUAUGAAAGGAAAAGACUAAAGAACAUUACGGAAAAUGCUAAAUUCUUCGCUGCUCUGAAGCUGCAUGAGUCAGCUGCAAGGCUUAACCGGCUUACAACUAAAAGGCAAUCUCAUAUCACUAAAAGAGCCAAGCCUAAGAAGGUGGAGGAUGAGCCAGCCCGGCGAAGAUCCAGGCGCCUGCUCAGGGUGGAGCCGCUGGACAUUCCCUUGCUGGAGACGCCCGCCCGGCCAGCAGCAGAGGAAUAUCACCAGGUUCCAGCUGGACCUUUGCCCAUGGUUCCAGAGGAUCAGGCAGAGAGCAGUAAAUGGACAGAGGCCUUACUGAGCACAUGGAUGAGGAUGAGUGAGCUGAACGCAGACAAUGCUGACCAGAGCACACCUGACAUUAUGAGGUACCAGGAGAGCCUGAGCAGCAUGGUGCUGAGCGAGGAGAACAUCAGGAAGGUGGUGAAAGCCCGGGUGUGUUCCAUGGCCAUCCACCCUUCCCAAAGCACCAUCCUUGUGGCAGCUGGAGACAAGCUGGGGCACGUUGGCCUCUGGAAUGUGAGCUGCGGGUCUGAGGAAGGAGCCCACAUCUUCACCCCCCACAGCUUCCAGGUCAGCUGCAUGCACUUCUCUCCCUGCAACCCUGCUCACUUGCUGUCCCUGAGCAGUGACUGUCUGCGCUGUGCCGAUGUCACCAGGGCUGUCUUUGACGAGGUCUGCAGGAGUGAGGACAACUUCUCCUGCUUCGACUUCCUGGAAGAGAAUGCCUGCACUGCCAUCGUGAGUCACUGGGAUGGGGCCGUGGCCGUGGUGGACAGACGGACCCCGGGGGUGUCCUCAGAGCUCUCUGCAGACAUUGGCUUCGGGAGGACACGGACAGUCCACGUGCACCCCGUGAACAAACAGUAUUUCCUGGCUGCUGGCUCUGUGGAUGUUUGUGUUUUCGAUGUUCGGUACCUGAAGGCCAAGGGGAACAAGCCCCUGAGCUCUCUCACAGGACACACCAAAAGUGUGGCCUCGGCCUAUUUCUCACCUGCUACUGGGAGCAGGGUGGUCACAGUGUGUGCUGAUGACAAGCUGAGGGUCUACGACACCACAUCCUUGUCAUCCACUGUGACAUUGCUCAGCUCCAUCAGACACAACAACAACACAGGCCGCUGGCUGACCCGCUUCAGAGCCAUCUGGGACCCCAAACAGGAGCACUGCUUCCUGGUGGGCAGCAUGGCACAGCCCAGGCAGAUCCAGGUCUUCCAGGACACCGGGAAUUUGCUGCACUCCUUCUACAACAUGGACUGCCUGACCUCCGUGUGCUCCAUUAACGUCGUCCACCCCAGCCAGAACAUCCUGGUGGGAGGCAACUCCAGCGGCCGCCUUCAUGUGUUCAAAUAGAAGUACCUUAGAUCUUUAUUUUCUGCCUUUCUGCAUUGACUUUGUUUAUUCCAUUUUGAGCAGUUCCGAAGCUGUUGUUU